AAGAAAUCGAGCGGCGCCCGGGCGUCCUCCGCCACGCCGCCUCCGCAGCCAGGGAGGACCGGAUAGAUAGAUUAUUCAUCAGGCUCGACGGACGGGACGGAAGGAAAAAGCGCGAGCGGAAAAGUGCACCGGCGGAAAAAAUCCCGUCCGACGUGGCGCCCUGGACAGUGGCCGCUGCCCUUUUUCUCCGCCCCCUCCCCCUCUCGCCUUCGGCUCCAUUUCAUUCCUCGCCCUCUUCUCUUCUCCUCCCCUCCCCUGACUCCGCUCCCUUCGAGACCCGGCGGCAAGAUAUUGGAAGGGUGUUCAGGUGCUGGUGAUUUGGCCUUGGUGCACGCGCUCGCCUUCUGCUGUUCGUGAAGAGCCGGCGAGCGUUUCUGUCAGAUUUGGCGGUUCUGCUGGUUCAUAGAUCCGGAGAUGGCUCGUUUUCAGGAAAUCAAGGCGAGGAACGACCAGAGGCCUUCUGCUGAUCGUGUUGGCCAUGGAAACUUCAUGGACCACCUGAAGAACACUCUGAAUUCCGGUGCGAUGGACUUGCCGGAAGGAGCACGAGCCCCUAAGGCACGCAAGCCUUACACGAUAUCCAAGCUGAGGGAGAAAUGGACGGAGGACGAGCACAAGCUCUUCUUGGAAGCCCUUCAGCAGCAUGGCCGUGCCUGGCGUCGUAUCCAGGAGCACAUAGGCAGCAAGACUGCCGUGCAAAUCAGGAGCCACGCUCAGAAGUUCUUCUCCAAGGUCAUCCGAGAAUCCUCUGGGGACAGCAACAGCAUAGCUGCUCCACCACAAAUUCAGAUUCCUCCGCCACGGCCAAAGAGGAAGCCUUCACAUCCGUACCCACGCAAGCUGGGUAAUUCACUCCGCAAGGAUGCCUCUACAAUCAAACAGCUCGAGAAGCCCCUGUUGAAGAUACAGCCCCUGUUUGAGCAGGAGAAUUGCUCGCCGAAAUCUGUGCUAACCACGGCACAGAUAGGCUCCGAGAUCCUGGCACUUGAAGGUAGUGGAUCACCAGCUUCCUCGGUUUACAUGGAGGAGAAAUGCCUCACACCAAGCACAUCAGUUGGGGAAUUAGGUGUGCAAGUAGCACGUUCAAAGGAUGCCACCACUUCCGAUGGCGCGGCAUGUGGAAUGCCUGAAGGUCCAGUUCUUAGGCUAUUUGGCAAGAGGGUCGUGGUGAAUAAUUUGCAUCAGCAGCAAAACUCCAAUACUGGGGACCUACAACAUGUAGCAGACAUGGAGCUGGACACUUCAGCUGAGACACCAACUAGUGGAACUGGGAAGUUCUCUUCCCAUGGUGCAGAAGAAGCAAAGACAUGGAGCCCGUGGCUGACCGGUACACAGCAGCUUAUGUACUAUCUUCCUCAAGGGGAGGUUCUCUCCGUGCAUUCUGCUUGCCAAUUUCUCAGCUACGGGAAUGGAAGCAUAUCUUACAGAGUAUUGAACCCACAAACAGUUACCUCAGAUAAGCAACAGCACCAACCAUCUGAAGCUGCAGACUGCAAGUUCACUAGGGCAGAAGGAUCGUGGACGGAAUCGAUCACAACCUCCAAUAAUGUGCCUGAAACAGCUCCUCAGAAUUCAGAUUCUAUAGAAUCUACACAAGUAAACAACAAUGAAGAUGAAGUGAUACCUGUUCCAGGUUCAAGAAAAUAUUCCACUGUUCCAGCCUACCUUCGAGGUUUUGUGCCAUACAAGAAGUGCGCAGCUCAAAGCAAGAUGCUGCAGUCAUGGGUGCCAGGCGAGGAGGCAGAUGGAGAGAUGACAAGGCUGUGCCUGUAAAUUUUGGGUCUUCAUCGUCGCGGAUAUUUUUGCUGAUAUGCAAUACAUAUGACUAGUACAGUACAGUAGUACUGAUGUUUUGCAGGAAACCAUUCUGGCAUUCUGCUGUUGCUUAUGAGAGGCAGAAUGAAACUGGUGAAGCGGCCACAAAUGGAGGCAACGAUGGUUCCUGUUUGUCCACGUAUAGUUCAAGACUGAUGUUUCCAUUUUCCUCUUUGAGUGCUUGCAAUUUUCAGAGGUCAAUGGUUGUGAUGCAGUGAUAAGUAAUGUAGUUAUAGCAUUAUAGGAGACUCGACCGUAUUGUAUGGCGUAUGUAUGUAAAUUACGAAUGCUUUUUGUGCAACAAUGACAUGGCAGCUAAACAAAGGAAUGUUGCUCAGGUUUCUUCA